UUCUGUGUCUUUUGUGAUCUACAUAUUCUUUACUCUCUGUUUUCUUCUCAAUUUAGUCAAUUACUGCUAUCUCUUUUCUCAUGUUUGUUUUUUCUCUAUACAAAUAACCACGAAUUCUUCUUCAUCAUCUGCAUAUAAGGAAAUAAUUUGAGCAGAAUGACAACCAAUACCGAGAGCUACUCACAAAAGGAACUUGUUACUGAUCAUGUUUUAUUGAGGUUACCUGUUAAAUCACUCUUUCGAUUCAAAUGUGUGUGCAAAAGUUGGCAUGAUCUUAUCAAAAGCUCAAGUUUUAUCAAAAAACACUUCAAUAGCGAGAGUAAUCGUCUUCGCCUUAUGGUUUGCAAGUUAGGUGUUAACUACAAAAAAGAUCUAGGUGAAAGGUCUUUGGAUAUGUUAGGUGAAAGGUCUUUGGAUAUGUUCUUACUCAAUGAGAAAAUAUUUGCAGGAUGUAUCCCUACAAAUCAGAGGAUUUAUCGUUGCGAAGAUGUUGGUGAUUUCGGGUGUAUUUAUGGUCCAAUUAAUGGCAUAUUCUUGUUGGAGAAAGGACACUAUAUAGAUAACGUUCGUUUUGCCUGGUGGAAUCCUGCUACAAAAGAGUGCAGGCUUAUUCCUCGUAUACAUUUUGAGGUACAACAAUAUUUCCAAGACAAUAAUCGUAGUCUUGGGAUAGGUAUAGACUUAGUGAAUCAAGAUUAUAAAGUUAUAUGGCAUCGAACAUUUUGGGAUGAUAUGACAUGUGAUGUAUUUCCUAAGGUUUAUGCUGCUGUCUAUUCGACAAAGAACGAUUCCUGGAAAUUUUUGGAACCUGAACACUCUCACUUAUGUCAAAUAUUUAUAUCGCAAAAUUGUACUUAUAUGAAUGGAGUUUAUUAUUGGAUUAGUACAAGCCAGAGAUUUUGCAACGAAGACAAUGUCUACUUUAUUCGAACAUUUGAUUUUGCAACUGAAUUGUUUGGGGAAAUGACAGGACCACCAAUUCCAGGCGAACACUGGGCGUCUCUAAUGUUACGCGGUGGUUCUCUUGCAGCUAUGUCUUGUGAUGGUGUUACAAAGGCUAUGACAGCCAAUUAUGGUAUAUGGGUAAGGAUUGGAGAGAAUAAUUGGAUCAAAGUUUAUACAGUUAAUCCUCCUAUACCUUCGCAUUACCCUAUUGGAAUAUGGGAGUAUGAUAAGUUCUUAUUUGAACUUGAACAAACUUGCAGGUUGGUGUUUUAUGACCAGACAGUUAAAGAAGUUACAAGUCUUGGAUUUCAUUUCUAUGAUUUAAGUUGUAGCUCCAAUUGGGCUAUUAGUUACAAGGAGAGCCUUGUUCCAAUAAAGAAUGAAAAGCCGACUGAGAAGGAUAAUGCUGAAUACUUCUUCACCAAGUAUUAAAAUAAGCACGAGAUGUGAGUAUCAGGCCUCUAGUAAGUAAUAGACAGAGUACGAAAAGGUCAAAUCUUUAAUGAUUGAGUUGUGAAAAUUUGUGGAUAGAUAUUUAAUAUCUGAAUCAUAUUCUUUCUGGUUAAACAAUCUUUCUAGUUACUCUUGAACAAUUGGGAGAAUAGACAAGAUUAUGCUUUCGGGGAUAAUAUAUGUUCGGACUACGGCUUUAGAGUCAAAUCAGUACCUCUUAAAGGGAAAAAUAUGAGGAUGACAUUGUAAAUGUAGCGAUCAACUGUCUAUUUCGACAUGUGCAUAUAUAUGCAUGUUUUUCUUC